CGCGUUCCCUUAUUUAAACCUGGGACUGAUACUGUAUCUCUUCAUCUUACGAAAUAAAAGCAAACAUCUGGCGAAGUUUCACAUCAUAAGACCCCGCGUCGCCCACUGCUCUGGAAGAAAAUGUUGCAGUUAUUGGUUCCUCUGUGUCUGGUGGUCAGUGUUGUCCGCGGCCACUCUUGGCUGGUUUGUACCGACUACCUGGAGGAGAACGGGCACUACUACAAGCCGGACAUAUGCAGAGCUUACCCAAGAGCUGCCAACAGAUAUGCUGCAAAAGAUCUGGCGUUUGGCACAGAUACUGGCUUCAACUACAAUCCCAAGGAAAACCAGGUGUGCAGAGAGCCCCGAAAUGACCAGGUCCACUACCCUGCCGGCUACCACAUCGCUGUCUACUACCCCGGUCAGCGCGUGGUACUGGUCCACCCUAUGAAGAACCACGGCGCUGACUUGGAGUGCACCAACCCAUGGAUACCAGACAACGCCAACAAAAUCUUCUUCUCCAGCGGCAACACCGACCCGGCCCUCUCAGUUCUCAGGAAGAACCUGUUGGUAGAUCUGGGCGUGUCCCCCGUGGGUCAGGGGGCGGACACACAGACUUACCCCAAGCAGGGCUACCAGAACGCCCCCAAGUUCUGCGAGGGCACAGAUAAAGCGAUGGGGACAUUUGCAUUUGAUUUCCCUAAGAUGCCAGCAGGGCGUUACACCUUCGUGUGGGAGUGGGAGUUUAACAAGAAUUCCUUCUACACUAGCUGUUGGGAGGCAGAUGUGGUGGACACCAAGAGCGAAAGGAACGCCAAAUUGAGGCAAAGAGGACUUUCCACCAAUGACCCAAGCAACCUGGCUGGAGUAAAGGUCCCUGUGUCUGGGUAUGGGCAGUACAAACUCCCAACUGGAACACAGGCCCCUGUCACCCCAGGGCCAGUAGAUCCCUCUAAACCAGCUGUCACCGUGGUUACUGGGAAACCCCUCCUCCCGGCAAUAGAUGGCGCUUGGGGGCCGUGGAAAACCUGGGGCAAGUGCUCGGCCACCUGCGGAACUGGAACUGAACGCCGCGUUCGUUUCUGUGACAGCCCCGCCCCACAGAACGGUGGCAGCAUGUGUGUCGGCAGUGACGAGGAGACGCGGCCCUGUGACGCCGGCGUCUGUCCCCAAACUUCUCUUACAGAUUUGCAGGUAAAUAUUCCCUCUAGCUGGGACACUGGUACCAAUGGCCUCAUCAUGCUACCAAACCCCAAACCGACUGGAAACUGGAAAGUGAUCCUUAAACUGCCCUGUGAUGUCCAGAACCUUAACGUCUGGCAUGGAAAUGACGUCACCACGGCCGAGCACCGUGCUAGAGGAGUGUUUGCUAUUAACCAGAGCGGAUGGAUGCUGGACAAACCCGAUAUUGGCUUCACUGCCUUCUACAGCGGCACUUGUCAGAUGAAGGGCAUUAAGGCGUCAAUUGAGUCCUAGGAUGGAUAUUGUUAUUUCCCUUUUUGUUGAAAUUUACCUUCAAAAUUGGUAAAUUUUGUUUUUCACUACAUGUAUUCCUGAUUUUACGUCAUCAUACAAUGCAGAAUAAAUUUGAAUACAUCUUC